UACCAGGAGUUGCCAUGGAAACCAGCUGAGGCCCACCAUCCGCAUGCCUGCAAAGAGUGCAAUUGCAACGAGCACUCGCACCGGUGCCACUUCGACAUGGCCGUGUACCUGGCCACGGGCAACGCCAGCGGCGGCGUCUGCGACGAGUGCCAGCACAACACCAUGGGCCGCCACUGCCAGCUCUGCAAGCCCUUCUACUACCGCAACCCCCUGGCUGACAUCCGUGCCAGCACUGCAUGCGUCCCCUGUGACUGUGACCCAGUGGGCUCUUUGGACGGUGGUGUGUGUGACAGUCACACGGAUGCGAUGCUGGGCAUGAUUGCCGGUCAAUGCCGCUGCAAAGAUAAUGUCAAAGGCAUGCGUUGUGACAGCUGCAAAGAGGCCUUUUAUGGAUUGAGCCGCAACGACCCUCUUGGGUGCCAGCCUUGCAGGUGUGACCCUCGUGGGAUCAUCGCUGGUGACAGCCCCUGCGACCAUAUCAGUGGUGACUGCUACUGCAAGCGUUUCGUUACUGGGCGACACUGCAACCAGUGUUUGCCUGAAUAUUGGGGUUUGAGCUAUGACAUGACUGGCUGCCGAAGCUGUGCGUGUGACUUUGGAGGUGCCUACAGCAACAGGUGCUCUAUGGAUGAUGGGCAGUGCCCCUGUCGGCCCCACCUCAUGGGGCGUCAGUGUGAUGAUGUGCAGCCUGGCUUUUUCUGUAUGCCCCUGGACUACUAUAUGUACGAAGCAGAGCAUGCCACGGGUCUUGCACCAACCCACCAGGGGCUGCCGGGUGCCUUGCGGCCUGAGGCUCCAGUGGACUGUGUGGAAUAUUACAAUGGGGUCCAGAAUGGGCGCAGAGUGAGGCUGCGGCGCCAGCACAGCGCCAUCAGGAUCUUACAGCAGCGAGGAGCGCUCCGAAGGGCCCGGCAGCUUCAGCAGAAGCCCGAUGUAGAAGUCAUCCAGCGCGAGCACGCGGGUCACAUGAUUACAUGGACCGGUCCAGGCUUUGCCCGCGUACGGGAUGGAGCUGGCUUAUCCUUCCACAUUGACAACAUUCCCUACCCCAUGGAGUACGACAUCUUGUUGCGCUAUGAGCCCGAGUCCACAGAGGAUUGGGAAGCUGUCGUCAGUGUCAGCUCACAGGCUUUACCCAUGAGCCCGCGCUGCGGCAACGUGUUGCCCUCGGAGCAGAUGUACCGGGAGAGUCUGCCACAUAGUACCAGGUAUGUGCUUCUGCCACGGCCUUUCUGCUUUGAGCCCAGGAACCGUUAUGAGAUCACGGUGCGUUUCCAGCGGGCAGGUGUGGCACAACGCCAUCUCACAGCCUUCAUCCUCGUGGACUCGCUGGUUCUUUUGCCACGUGUGAAGGAGCUGCCCGGUCUCCAUGGCAACGAUCCCGCAGCAGUGGAGCGUCGGGAGGCACUGGAGCGCUACACGUGCCUGGAGGCGUUCCGCAUGGCCACCAUGCCUGACCUGGCUGAGACCUGUGCUCGCCUGCUGUGCAGCAUCUCUGCCCUGAUGCAUGAUGGGGCUUUGCCCUGCCAAUGUGACCCCCAGGGCUCCACCAGCAGUGUCUGCCACAAAGUGGGAGGGCAGUGUCAGUGUAAACCCAAUGUGAUGGGUCGGCGCUGUGACCAGUGUGUCCCCGGCACUUAUGGAUUCGGACCAUACGGCUGCAGUCCCUGUGCCUGUUCCCCUGAGGGCUCGGUCUCCAAAAUCUGUGAACCAGUAAGUGGGCAGUGCCGGUGCCAACAUGGCACUGUGGGACGCCAGUGCGAUCAGUGCCCGCCGGGCCAGUGGGGCUUCCCAAGCUGCCGGCCUUGUCACUGCAACGGGCACUCGGAGGAAUGUGACUUGCACACUGGAGCCUGCCGCCAGUGCCGUGACUACACAGCUGGCCGCCACUGUGAGAGGUGCUUGGAUGGUUACUAUGGAGACCCAGUGUUAGGCUCGGGACAACAAUGCCGGCCUUGCCCUUGUCCCGGAUAUCCAGGGUCUCGGCAUUACCAUGGCAUCUCCUGUCAUGCUGAUAGGGAGACCAACCAGAUUAUUUGCCUGUGUGCUCCUGGCUAUACAGGGCCACGUUGUGACCGCUGCUCGCCUGGCUAUUUUGGAGCGCCUGAGCAGGAGGGUGGAGCCUGCCGCCCCUGCCAGUGCAACAACAACAUUGACGCCAGUGACCCGGAGGCCUGCGAUCCACACAGUGGUCAAUGUCUACGCUGCCUCUACCACACGGGCGGACCCCACUGUGCUGAAUGCCAACCUGGUUACUAUGGCAACGCCUUCCAGCGGAGCUGCCGACGCUGCACCUGUAACGAGCAAGGCACUCUGCCUGCACACUGCUCUGGAGGCAUCUGCCACUGCGAUCGAACUACGGGGAAUUGCCCUUGCCGCGCCAGCGUGGUGGACAAGAACUGUGACAGAUGCGCCGACAACUUCUGGGGUUUUGGCAGCGACUUGGGCUGUCAGCCGUGCAGCUGUGAUCCCGCCCAUUCAUUACGCUCAGACUGCAACGUGUUCACAGGGCAAUGCCACUGCCAGCCGGGCUUUGGAGGGCGUGUUUGCUCCCACUGCCAAGAAGAUCACUGGGGUGACCCAGAACAGGAGUGUCUAGCUUGCGAAUGUGACCCAACAGGGUCUGAGAGUCUACAGUGUGACCGGGUCACUGGGCACUGCCUGUGCCGAGGCGGCUUUACGGGACGGCGCUGUGACCAGUGCCAACGUGGCUUCCAGAAGAACUUCCCCCGUUGUUCUCCUUGCCAUCCUUGCUUCGGCCAGUGGGACGCAGUGCUGGAUCAUCUCUGGGAACAACUGCAACGGCUGCAGGAUGCGGUACAGGCCCUAAAGGAAGGUGGCCCCAUACCUGAAGCCAGCAGCAGCCGCAUGCGUAAGCUGGAGAACAGCCUCGGCCACGCAGAGCAGCUUCUUGGUGAUGGGAGUAGUCCAAGCAGCCCCCUGCUGCAUCAGCUCAGCACCUUCCUGGCAGAUAUCAGAGCAGACAUGGAUGAGCUGUGGCAACAGCUGCAGGCCACGGAUUCACACCUGGACGGAACGGAGCAGAAAGCUACAGGACAGAGGGGCCGCCUGAACACGCUGAGCCGAGAGCUAGGGGAGCUUAACCACACCGUCAGCUACCUCAGCAGCCAGCUGGGAAAGAUGGCAAAUGCCAGCUUCAGUGAGUCUUUCCGUAGCAUCCUGGGGUCCUUCCAGCAGUCGGAGAAGGCCCAGCAGCGAGCAAACGCGUCAGUUCAAGGGCCUCAAAGCCCGGUAGGCCGAGCCAAACACACGCGUCAGGCCACCGUCGAGCUGCUGAGUCACAGGGGAGAUGCCUUCCGCAGGAGCGCAGCCGCUCACCAAAAAACUCUGCGUGAUGUCCAGAAAAAGGUCAACAACCUCAGCCUGAGCAGGAUCAAUGAGAAGAUCUGUGGUGCUUCUGGAGAAGAGGGCUGUGAAGAAGCCCCCUGCGGAGGGGCCUCCUGUAGAGACAGCCUAGGCCAGCGGCACUGUGGCGGCCCCGGCUGCACUGGAGCUCUGCCUGUGUCCGUGAGCGCUCUUUACACAGCCCAGAACAUCUCCCACCAGCUGGAGGCCAAGGCAAGGCAGCUGGGCACCAUUGCUGACAAGGUGCGUGACAUACAGGAGCUGGCACAGAAUGCCAAGGACAUUGCUCACAACACUCUGGGCCUUGCUCAGGGGGCCCAGAACCGCGUGGAAAAGUCAACAGCCAAGCUGAGGGAGUUCAUCCAGAGGAUAAAGGACUUCCUAGCAGAGGAAGGUGCUGAUCCUGAGAGCAUUGAGCUCGUGGCCAGGCAGGUCCUGAACAUCUCCCUGCCCAGCAGCCCUGAGCAAAUCAGCAAUCUGAUUAAGGAGAUCUGGGAUGGAAUUGGCCAGCUGAAGGGAGUGGACAUGAUCCUGAAUAGCACUGUGCAUGACCUGACCCGUGCCAGGGAAUUACUGGCGAAAGCAGAACAGGCCAAAGAGCGAGCAGAAGGUGUGCAGGGAACGAUCACAGAAACACGGGCGGCUCUAGAUAGUGCGAAGGACAAAGUGGGGGCAGCAGAGCAAGCCAUGAAGACCUCUAAGGAAGCCAUCCGGAAGGUGGAGAGCACAGUCAGACAGGCUGAGCGCAAGCUGCAGGCGCUGGUCAGCAAGGAGACCCAACUGGAAAGCCGUCUUGGAAAACUGGCACAGGAUGUGGCCGCCUUACAAAAGAAGUCCCAGGCCAAUCAGCAGCAGUCCCAGGAAGCCAAGGAAAAAGCUGAGCGUGCUACUGCUGCUGCAGGCAGGCUGGAAAACGAGGUAGAGAAAGUGAUGCAGAAAUACCAGGAGCUGCAGGACGAAUUGAAGAAGCAGCCUCAGGAUGUACUGCGCAAGCUGAAAAGCCUGAGGGAUGAAGCCCGGACUCUCCUAGACAAAGCCAACGGCAGCAAGAGAAAGCUUGAAGAGUUGGAGGGGCGCUUCGAGUCCAAUGAGAAAGAAAUGAAGGAAAAAGCAACGCAUCUGCAGGAACUGGAGAGAAAAGCGACGGAUCUCCUGCAGUACAUCCGGGACAGAGCCAUUGCCUACGCGACCUGCUAAGGCCAAAGUUUAUGUUGCCGGCCCCUUGGGCCUUAUUCCUGCCAGCUUCGGACUGUCCCAUGGUAGGGCCCUUCCACACUUAUCAUUGACCGGCUCCUGUCUCUGAAGCUCUGGCUGCAGAUUCAGGGCCUUAAUGUUACCCUGUCCCUUUCAUCUUCAGCUGAUUGUACCACUUAGGCCUACCUGGGAUCAGGUAUAUCAGGGUGAGUCUAUUGUCAAGAUCUCAUAGACACAUAAGUUACAUUGUGACUAGUCAGUGUUUUGUCCCAGGACUCUGGAAAAUUUAGAAAGACUUAUAUCUGAGGGUAUCUGCCAGAAAAGAUGGAAUAUUUCCACUCCAGCUCUAUUCAUGGAAUAGUUUCCCUCUUUGGGCAGCCUCUUCCUGCCUUCCACAGGCUCUUUUGCUAUUGCCAUGGAGACAGAGCACUUCCUGAACCACCCAGGCUGCAAAAGGACUGAGUGGAAACGGAAUUCCCACCUGCCAUUGCUCAAGGCUGGUGAAACCAUGCCUGAGGCUU